GCCAGGUGCUAUCCUGUACCUGUAUAGGCAGCAGCGGAUUACACCCAGUCCAAGAAAGUGUUUCCGAUUGAAGGAGAUCAGUGGCAGAUACUACUAUUGACGAGCAUAUAGAUGAUUCCAGUUUCGGUUUUUCCGAAACAAGUUAACAGCUCCAUUCUAUUUUCGUUGUCUUUUUUUAUUUUUUCUAUUUUAUUUUAUUUUUUUUUUAUUUUUUUUUUUAUUUUUUUUAUUUUUAUUUUUUUUUUAUUUUAUUUUAUUUUUUUUUUGGGAUUAUUAUUUCCAGUGCAAGUAACUAAGUAUCUCCAACAAUCCUUCCCGGCUCAAUCUAUUGUCCACUGCCGACUUAACCAAUAGAUUCAAGAAUCACAUACUCCUUGGCCAAUGACUAAAUCUCGCACAGCAAAGUGACAUAGCUACCUCCAUCAAAUACAACUUCCACUCC